AUGGCGUUCGUGCGCGCGAAGUUCAUCGAAAGUGGUUGUCGAAAAACGUCCGAUCAAAUUGCUAGCCUACUUCAGUGGCAUUACGGUAUCGAAAUUUCAGGAGGUGGGGUGAGAGCUGCAUUUAAGAGACAUGGCAUCAGUUACAAGCGAAUUACUCGAAUGGAUAAGCGCGCCUUCACAGAGAGAGUCAAGCUUUUAACACGAAUGUUCUUGCUUCGCAGAGUGAUGUUAAAUGCUGAUGAAGGAGUUUGGGCAGAUGAGAUGAUUUACUCGUCAGAAGAGGUUGGAUCAAAUUAUGGUUGGAUGACGAAGGGUGAACGGGCUUGUCAGAUCGACGAUGGCAGAAGUUCUGGCCCCAGAGUCAUGUUCUUGGCGGCCAUGACGAAGGAAGGGGUGAUGCAAGGUUGUACGUUACCUGUACCACAACCUCUGACUGUUACUGGACAUGUUUUCGAGCAGUGGUGCGAGUUUUAUGUCAUACCUGCCAUGAUCGCGCAAGGAAAGACAUACAUCGUUCUAGACAACGCGAGGGUGCACCGUAAGAACGUUUUGCGCGUCAUGUUCGCCGCCGCCGGUCUCAGAGUUUAUUUUCUUCCGCCGUACUCUCCGUGGUUUCAGCCGAUCGAAAAGAUAUUUCUUUCAACGCAUAUGAAAUGCAAUCGUCAGGUGGAACACGUCCGUGCAAAUUUCGUGCGCCGCGUCAUCGACGUGCUGGAAGCUCACACACCUGCCGAGUGUGCGGGGUGCCUUCGAGCUACCGGAUGGAACUAG